AGGCGUUGACCCGGCGGGGGUCGUUAGCCGGGCGGCGCGGGGCCGGGUGCGCCCCCGAGUGCGGGGUCCGGGCCUGUGUUGGUGGCGUCAGACGCGUGCCGGGCGCCGCCGUGGGCCAGGGGCCAGUUCCCAUCCCCCAGCAGCAUGGCAUCCUGUGCAGAGGAGCCCUCCGAGCCCCCUGCCUUGUCACCUGCUGGGGUUCCCCCGCUUGAGGACUUUGAGGUGCUGGAUGGGGUUGAGGAUGCGGAUGCUGAGGAGGAGGAGGAGGAAGAGGACGAUGAUGACCUGAGUGAGCUGCCACCACUUGAAGACAUGGGGCAGACCCCCACAGAGAAGACUGAGCAGCCAGGGGCACUGGCCCGAGAGUUCCUGGUGUCCUCAGAGCCCGAGCCCGCACAGGACCUGGCCCCAGAAGAGUGGCUGGACAUUCUGGGAAAUGGUCUGUUGAGGAAGAAGACGCUGGUCCCAGGUCCCCCUGGCUCAAGCCGCCCGACCAAGGGCCAGGUGGUGACAGUGCAGCUGCAGAUGUCACUGGAGAAUGGCACGCGGGUGCAGGAGGAGCCGGAGCUGACCUUCACCCUGGGCGACUGCGAUGUUAUCCAGGCUUUGGACCUCAGCGUGCCCCUCAUGGAUGUGGGUGAGACGGCCAUGGUCACUGCUGACUCCAAGUACUGCUAUGGCCCCCAAGGCAGCAGGAGCCCCUACAUCCCCCCACACGCAGCGCUGUGUUUGGAGGUAACCCUGAAGACCGCGGUGGAUGGGCCUGACCUGGAACUACUCACGGGCCAGGAGCGUGUGGCGCUGGCCAACCGGAAGCGCGAAUGUGGCAAUGCCCACUACCAGCGUGCGGACUUCGUGCUGGCUGCCAACUCCUACGACCUGGCCAUCAAGGCCAUCACCUCCAGCGCCAAAGUGGACAUGACGUUCGAGGAGGAGGAGCAGCUGCUGCAGCUGAAGGUCAAGUGUUUGAACAACCUGGCAGCCUCACAGCUCAAACUGGACCACUACCGUGCCGCCCUGCGCUCCUGCAGCCUGGUGCUGGAGCACCAGCCGGACAACAUCAAGGCGCUCUUCCGCAAGGGCAAGGUGCUGGCGCAGCAAGGCGAGUACAGUGAGGCCAUCCCCAUCCUGCGGGCAGCACUGAAGCUGGAGCCCUCCAACAAGACCAUCCACGCUGAGCUCUCGAAGCUGGUGAAGAAGCAUGCGGCUCAGCGGAGUACAGAGACCGCCUUGUACCGGAAGAUGCUGGGCAACCCCAGCCGGCUGCCCACCAAGUGUCCCAGCAAGGGUGCCUGGUCUAUCCCAUGGAAGUGGCUGUUUGGGGCAACUGCUGUUGCUCUGGGGGGUGUGGCACUCUCUGUGGUCAUCGCUGCCAGGAACUGAUCACCCAGGUGUCCACUACCACCUCAGCAUACCAUGAACCCCACCCUGUCCUGCAUCCCCUAGGCUCCCUGCCUGCUGCCUGCCCUGGCCCAGCUCCUCCUCCAGGCCAGGGCAGCAAGGAUGGGAUCUCGAGGCCUGGCGAGUGGGAUGAGGUCCUGGGAGGGUGGUGAGGUGCGGCCCGGAAGGAGGGAGCCAGUGGGGGGCUCCCCUGCUCCUUUAGACCAGCUCCCUGCCCCCACCCUGUUCACAGGGUCAGCCCUCAGUUUCUCCUCUGCAACUGGGGGGCGGUCCCCCAGUUCCCCCAGCACCUUGCCCUUUCACCCGCCUGUUUCCCCAUCCAGCCCCCCACAAUGAAAUAAAGCCUCCCACCUGCA